GUCAUCACUGGUUAUUCAAAUGGUGUCUUGGACCUUAGCCCGUAAGGCACAGGCACAGGUCGACCAAGUCGAGUGGAAACAACGAAAUCAGAGAAUGCCAAAGAUUGAGAGAAGUAGAAAAUUAGGCACGUUACAUUUGGGUUUCAGUAACGGAUCCAGGGUGGUCUCCUGUGGGUCCGGACCCCCGGAAUAUUUUAGUUUAAAAAAAUUUCGAACGUGCUUUUCAGUUUGCAGACGACCUUCUCCAGGCUCUUUAAUUUUCAAUCGCCGAUAAAUCCCUGAUCCUCAAUGUUGAAUCGUCGAUCCCCGCCUCUUCAAUUUUCACCACAAGGGCAUUCGCUCCAAGAACUAAGAUUCCAUGAUGCAGCAGAUGGCCCUUCAAAUUUCAAUCUCCGACGGUUGCGUCUUUCUGAACUUUUUUUGAGCGAGCAAAUACAUCAUAUGGAGCCCUUCCAAAAACAUUUUCUAGAUCCGUCCCUGUAGCAUACCAUCACUGUGAGUGUG